AUGUCGUCGGCCUUUCCCAACAUUCCAAGAACUGUUCCAAAGAGUCAGCUGGGCCUACUGAUAUGUGUUGUGUUAACCUCCAUGGCCAACUCAUGCAUCAUGGGUUAUGACUCCAUGAUGAUGAACAGUUUGUACAGUCUCCCCCAGUUCUCCGGUGUGUUCACCUUGAACUCCACCACCGUGGGUCUCUACAAUGCCUCGAUGUGGAUGGGAAACAUUCUCUCUUGUUUGGUAAUGCAGCCAUGUGCUGAUAAACUUGGAAGAAGACCAACCCUUGUGGUUUCUGCUUGUAUCUGUUUAAUUGGUGUGGUUCUGCAGAGUGCGUCUCAAAACAUUGCCAUGUUCAUUGUUUCCAGAAUCGUCCUUGGUUUCGGUGUUGAAGUUGCCGGUUCUGCUGCUCCUCUAUUGGUUGGUGAGAUCUCACCUACCAAGUACAGAGGUCUGAUGUUGGGAAUAUAUUUUACCUUCUUUCAGGCCGGUUCCCUCGUUGCUUCUGGUGUCACCUACGGUACGCAGCACAUUCAAAGCACCUGGGCGUGGAGAGUCCCCUCUAUCCUUCAGAUAGUUCCUUCCCUCAUCAGUGUUAUAAUGCUUAUUUUUGUUCCUGAAUCUCCUAGGUUUAUGGUUUCGAGAGGCAAGAUCGACUAUGCCCGUGACACCCUCAAGGUUGCCAACAAUAUCGAUAAUGCUGAGGCCGAGCUCUUGAUCGUUGAGAUCGAGAAGGCAAUCGCUUUGGAGGCCAACGUCUCCCCCUGGACCUCUCUGUUCAAGACCAAGCCAAACAUUCACCGUGUUCUGAUUGUCAUUUCUCUUGCUUUGAUGUUAGAGCUAGGUGGUUCCUCCGUUGUGUCCUACUACUUGACCUUCCUCCUAGAACAGGCCGGCAUCACCAGCACCAAGACCAUUCUGCAGAUCAACAUCAUCAUGUCCUCGUGGACCUUUUUCUGGGCUGUGGUUGGUGCCUCGUGUUUUGACUUCACUGGAAGAAAGCUGCAGUCUUUUGUUUGCAUGUGCGGAAUGAUUAUCUCCUUCUUCGUUCUCGGUGGUUUCGUCAAGACCUACUCUGGCUCCGAUAACACUUCCGGCCAAUAUGCUACUGUGUUUUGGAUGGGUCUGUUUUCUGCCUUUUACAACUUUGCAUUCACUCCAAUGAACUGUCUUUAUCCAACAGAGAUUUUUCCUUACAAGACCAGAGCCUCCGGUACCACCGUCUUCAAGUUUUUCAACUGUGGUUUCGGUCUAUUGGCUUCGUUCGUCCUGUCGUUCGGUAUGGACAACCUGAACUGGAAAUUUUAUAUCCUUAAUGCUGGAUACGAUAUCUUGUUCUUGCCAUGCAUCUACUUCCUCUGGGUGGAAACUUCCAAGUGCAACCUUGAGGAUAUUGCCAUCAAGUUUGGUGAUCUUUCUGUAGAUUUCAUCGAGUCUCCACACUCUGAGAGCGAUGUCGAGACAGAAGAGGUGCCUGGAAUGGUAUCCGAGAAGAAUUAG